ACAUAUAUUUUCGACUUCAAUAUUUUAUAUCCGCACAGAAAGUCCUCUGCUGUGGCAUACGAUAGAAUGAGCAGUAGCGCGCAUUUACGCCCAGAUCGAGGACUUUCAACUGUAUUACAGGUCCGCAGCCGGACAUACGCGACAGCCAUUAUCCAUGCAAGGAGCAGACGCCCGGUGUCUUGUAUCGCAUCGGCUGCCGUGGAAGCGUUGCGGUCGACAGACUCAUCCAGCUCGGUGCAAUCCCCCAGCGUAAAGCUCUUUUACCGCACGGGAUGGGAUCGCGCAGUGGUACACGGCUCCGUUUCUGGCGGCCCCUGGCAGGACUUCCCACUGACCUCGGACUCAGGCACGCCUGACCGAUGGCUGGUCGCCAAGAUCCCGCUCCCCUCCUCCUCCACCUCCUCCUCGGGCGCUAGCAACGGGGGUCCGCUGCUGGAGUUCGUGGUGGCGGACGCGACCAGGCGCAACUGGGACAAGCCGUCCGAGGGCGGCAACUACCGUCUUGACUCCCCGGGGGUGUUCAGCCUGCGGGGCGGGGCGUUGAGGAGGGUGGGCGGGCGGCCAGUGCUGCUGGUCAGUGACCUGGACGGUACGAUGGUGGGUGACGACGGCGCCACGGCCGCCUUCCGCAGCUGGUGGGAGGAGGCGGGGGCGCUGCGGGGGGGCGUGCUUGUGUACAACACCGGCAGGUCUCUGUCCUCCUUUCUGGAUCUGCUGCGGACCAAGAGCGGCUGCAUGGGGGUGCCGGAUGCGCUGGUGCUGGCUGUGGGCACGUGUGUGUAUUUGCGCCACCCCCACGGCGGUCCCCCGGACAGCCCCCAGGGGUGGGUGGAGGACGCGGAGUGGUCCGCCGCUCUAAACGAGGGCUGGAACCUCAAAGCGGUGCGGGACGCGUGCUACCAGGCCCUGGGGGAGGUGGGCUCCGAGUCCAUGCACUUCCGCCCCCCGGAGGAGCAGAACCCGCACAAAGUGACGUGCGGGGUUGCGGACGGAGCUGUGGGGCGGGUGGUGGCGAGCGUGCAGCAGCAGCUGGCGGCGGCGGGGGUGGGCGCGAAUGUGAUCACCAGCGGGCAUGGAGGCUGGAAGUACCUGGAUAUCGUCCCCCUCCGCGCCGGCAAGCUGCAGGCGCUCAACCACGUGAGGCGGCACUUUGGGUUCAGCAGCGCCUCCACCGUGGCGUGCGGGGACUCGGGCAACGAUAUCCUCAUGCUCAGCGGUGAGAACCUGGCUAUCGUGGUGGGUAACGCGCAGCCCGACCUGCGGCAGUGGGCGCAGCAGCGGCAGGCAGCCGAGCCGCCGCUGCCCUCGGGGAAACACCGACUGCUGCUGGCCACCCGUAAGGAGGCGCUGGGUAUACUGGAGGGGCUCGAGCACUUUGGGUUCAAGGCCUGAGGAGCAGCAGCUGCGUUUAGUGUGGGGUGUGGUAUUGAAGGAGGGGGAAGGGGGGGGAGAGGGAGCAGGAGGGGGGUAUCCUUUCCUGCUGGAGGUGGCAGUGGCUGAAGUGGCUCAAAAGGAGGAGGUCGCAGCCAAGUAGUGAGGAGUGUGUGGGUGGCCGCGAGUGGGAACGUACUGUGAUUGCCGGAGGAUGAUGAUGCUGAGGAGGAGUGUGUGGGCGCAUGCAGGAUGACCCAGCGGAUGACUCCAAGACAUGGGGGUGGUAAGGGUUGAGUAGGUGAGAGGGAAGGGAGCUGCGUGUUACCCUUAUUAUGUAUACUAGGGUUACGGUGGUGACUUACCGUACUCGGUGAGCUGUUUGCGAGCUUGCAUGCAAGGUGACAGGACUAGAUGAACCCUAGACGAGCAAGAAAACGGGGGGCGUUCCUGAAUAAUGUGUCAUAGUUUGACAGAUCUGUGGCCGUAUCAAGGGAUUGAUGCUUGUUGUCACAAGUAACGCGGUUUCAUAGGUACCGGUAACUUGACCACCGUCACGUGAGUUAAUAUGCAGACACUGAC